GACCCAACUCAGCCGGCACCUAAUGUUGAUGUUUUGCAUGAAGUGGAAGGUCUGUGUCUAGUCAUGAUGUGCAGCUGUCGAGUGAUGACCCGUAAGCUGGCCCUGCAUCUACUGAAAGAAGUUCGAAACAUCUUCACCAUGUACUCUGAUGAUCAA